CAAAAUUCAAAACAAUAUAAAUAUUAUAGGCUUAACAUCAAAAUGCCGCCGAAGGGUAAAGCCAAGGGUAAAGGUGACUCAGCAGCCGCGAAAGCCAUGAUGGCUGCCGCAGCACCUGGUCAGCAACAGAGGCCCAAAAAACCGCCGCCGCCACCGGCGUGCUUCAGUCCUGAUGAUUUAGCAAAGUUUAAAGCGUUGUACAAAGAGUUUGAUGAGGACAACGUAGAUAAGGUACCUAUAGGGGCGAUUCCGACAAUGUUACGAAAAUUAGGAUUCAAUCCAAAAGGGGCAGAAAUAAAGGAGCUUUUCAGACUAUUUCUUGAAGAUGAUUUAGUUGACACUGUCGAAUACCACGAAUGGUUGUUUAUGAUUGAAGCCAAGAUGAACUGGGGCGAUGACUUCGAGAUAGUUGUGACCAAAGCCUUUGCCGCCUUAGGACACGAUGAUGAAACUACAGGGAAAGUGGACUUUGAGCUCCUGCGUGAAGAACUUAUGAAGUGGGGCGAGCCUUUAUCGGAAAUAGAGUUUGCCGAUUGGAUCAAAUUAGCUAUUAAAGACAAGACAUACAAUCCUGAAGAUGGCACUUUUGAUUAUUGCAAGUUCGUUGAUAACAUGAACGCUAAAGAUGAAAGGUAUAUUCAGGAGCCUAUUAAUUUCUUUAAAUUGGAUCAAAAGACACUAGCCGCAAUGGCUAUGAAGAAGGCUCAAGAAGAGAAAGAGGAACAAGAAAGAAAAGAAGCGGAGAAAAAAGCUAGAGAGGAAGCGAAACGGCUGCGAAUGAUUGCUGAAGGUUUAUUGCCACCAGAUUAAUUAUGACCGGUUAUAUUCAAGCUGCAUUUAAUCAAUUCUCAACAAAUGACUUCAACUUAUCUCAACGUAUUACUAGCAUUGACUAUGCUUGCAAUACAUUGGUCUUAUAACUUUAAAUAAUAAUUUCUUUCUAUAACUAUCUAGCCUAUUUUUAAUUCGAAAACG